AUGACCGGCAGGGAAGAGAGCAGUGAAGCCGUGGGCAAACCACUUGUGGGGGAUUUUCCGUACGCCACCAAGGAGCCCGAGAAAAGCAGCCGCUCCAGGGGCUUUGCCAUCACCGACCUGCUGGGACUGGACAGCGCCGUCGAGUCGGAACAGGCGGGAGUCGCGCCACCUGCUCCUCCGCCGCCGCCGCCAGGGGCGCCGCGGCUGCUGCCGGCCGGGCUGGGGCUGGGGCUGCUGUGUAGCCGCUCCCUCAGCGCCUUCCGCCCGCCCCGACCCGCAUUUCUCGACGUGCUGUCCGAGCUGCACGCCAGACCAUCCGGCCUGCAUGGUCACCUGCCGCUAAUCCGCAGGGUGGCUCUCCACGACAGCCAGCAGCCGCCGCACAACUCCGAUGAUGAGGAGAUGUCACGUGAUCACAGCAGCCCAAAGAGCUUAGCAGCACCCCCGGUGAAAAGGAAGAAGAGGCGACACAGGACUGUGUUUACAGCUCACCAGUUGGAGGAACUAGAGAAAUCUUUUAAUGAGGCUCAUUAUCCUGAUGUCUAUGCCAGAGAAAUGUUAGCUGUGAAGACAGAGCUGGCUGAAGACCGAAUACAGGUGUGGUUUCAGAACCGAAGAGCGAAGUGGAGGAAGAGGGAGAAGUGUUGGGGCAGGAGCAGUGUGAUGGCAGAAUAUGGACUGUAUGGGGCCAUGGUCAGGCAUUCCAUCCCACUACCCGAAUCCAUACUCAAUUCCGGCAAGAACGGUUUGGUGGGGUCUUGCGCCCCCUGGCUGCUUGGAAUGCAUAAAAAGUCUAUGGACCCAACAAUGAGAGGCAAAGGUGUGGAAUCUGUGCGAGAGGAUAAGGCGGAGAGCAGUGUAGAGUCGUCACAAAUGGAAGUGGGCACAGUUCGGGAGCCUGUAGCUGACUGCACUGAUGUAAUCGAGGAAGGCAACAUGGCCUUGGAUCUUUCCAGCACAGAGAAACCAUCAGAUAGACCGUGUCUCAGAGGCACUCAGGACAGCAAGGAUCACCGUUGUCUGGAAGACCUCAAGCUUCAUGCCAGGUUUGAGGUCCUGAUCUUCAAAGAGUCUUUUCCAGGUGUGGUGAAGGACAUGGUGGUGCAUGUGAAUGUGGUGUGA